AUGCCGACGGCGCUGCGCGCGUCGCUUACGCAGGCGCUCGCAUCGCUCCCUGCGCCAACCGCCCAAACCCUCGAUGCGAAUACACUGCAGCGUCUACGUACCUGUGCCGCGCUGGGCGCUGCGCUAGCGCGUGUGCGCAGUGCUGGGGCCGUCGACGCCGACUUGGCUCGCGUCGUGUAUGCAACGUACAUGUACCUCGUCCAUACGCUCGCCGCCGCCACGCACGCCAUCCAUGAGGCCGAUCGGUACUGGACAUGCAUGUAUCGCAGCCGCGUACGUGCGGGCAUGCUAUGGCUCCAAACGCUGCCUGCGCGCAUCGCCACCAGCACCAGCCACGUUUUUCGACGGCCAAUGCCAGGCUUCGGCGUACGCACGGGCAUCCAUACCCUCCAGCGCGAAUCUCACGCAAAGCAUGUGCGUCUCCGUCGUGCCGAAGAUGCGAUGGCCAAGGCCCUAGGCACGUUGGCCCUCGCGUGGUACGGCCGGGCUACCGACGCGUCGCUCCCACAGCAGAUCCAAGCGCUGUGCGAGGCAGGGUGCACGGCAUUGGCAUACAAGCCAGGGAAGGCGCCCCAACACAGCACGCCAUUGCAAGCCGUCGCCACACUCCUUGAUGCCGUGGCGUACCAUGAAGCGAGCGUCGCGCGCGUCUUGCAAGUGUGUGGGACGCCCAGUGUGCUCACGCGGACGUGGCCGCUGCUCGUCACCUACCCGCUUAUUUCCUGGGCGGCGACACACUACUUGUACCUCCACUGGACGAGUGUCUCUGCGCAGGCGACGUGGGCGUGGGAUACCGUGCGUGGCUUGCUCCUCGACUGGGUGUACGAGCCUACGAUGCGGCUCCUACGUACGAUGCGCAUGGGCCGCGCCGAGCGCUCGAUGCUCGUACGUCGCGAUAGUCUCGCUGCCGAUGAGCAGAGUCUCGAGCGCAUGGUCCUGGCCAUGGGACGCGAUACGUUGCGGAUGAACGACCAAGCGCUCGCGCAGCUCGCAGCGCAGACGCGCGAUGGCAAUCUCACGGCGGUGCUGGAAGUGUACGAGCGAGCGCUGGCCUCGCCCGUGCGUGCGACGCUCAGCGGUCAGCUCAUACGCACGAUCCUCAUCCAAGUGCAAAAGGCCAAAGUCGACUUGGAAGUCGCGCUCUCCGCCAUCGAUUGGCUCCUGCGAUCGCAAGAACUGCUGAUUGGCGUAGCGGGUCUAGCGCCAGCGCUGGGUCUGGCGUACCUGCUAGCAUGGGGCGUAGGCCGCGUCACUAGCUGGGUCUGGCACCGUCCUGCGUCGUACCGAACGUCGCGCCGUCAGCGCCAGGUCGAUGCAUGGGAAGCGCUGCGUCGUGUCGACCAGCUGUGCAUUGAAGCGGACGACAAGGCCAGCGCCGAGCUGGCGUACGGUCGGUUCCUCCUGCACAUUCGCAUGCUGCGUACGUCGUUCGAGGCGUUGCUGCCCAAACUAAGCCGCGGCGAUCGAGCCUUGCUCCAGCGCUUAUCGCACGAAGCGGACCACGACCUGAUGGCGUUGGAACGUGUCGAGCCCCUCCCGACCUCGACGGCGCAUGCGUGGACGCAACGCCAGGCGGUCGUCGCACGUAUGUGGCGCUCCUGGCACCGCCUCCUGGCAUGGGAUAUAUAA